GACUGAGUGAAAAAUGCAUUGCAGUGAAAAUGUUACGCAGAAAGCAGACGUAAACCAAGCUCAGAUCAAAUUGAGUCACAAAAAAUGGAAAGCUCUUCACAAAAAAGCGAAGAGGAAGCUGAAAAGACAGGAAGAAGCCAGAAAACGCCAACAGGAAAUAGACGAAGAGGAAAAACAAAGAGAAAGCUCAGCAUCUUAUCAGAAAAUGUUGAAAGAAAAAGAGGAGUAUGAGUUGUUACAAGAGCAGCGUGAUGAAGCCGAAAGGGCCUAUCUCCAUAAGGUAUGGCUGGAGAAGGAGAGAUUGGCACAGGAGGAGUGGAGGAUCCAAAAGGAACGGGAGACUAAGGAAAAGGAAAAAAGAAUAGAAACGGAGAAAAAAAUUAAGGAGGAAUGGGAAGAAAGACAGAGAAAAGAGAAAGAGGAAGAAGAAUUGAAAGAAAAGAAGAAAGAGAAGCAGGAUGAACUCCUGAAGGAAGCCACAGCCAAUGAAAACAAGGAGGAACCCUGGCACAACCCCAUUGCCACUCUCUUACCAGGCAAAGAGAGGGAAACCUGCAUGUUCUUUUCUAAAACCGGGGCGUGCAGAUUUGGUGAUAGGUGUUCUAGAGGCCACCCUCAGCCUGAUAUAAGUAACACCUUGCUGUUUACCAACAUGUACAAUCACUUUGAGCUGGAGCAAGGACUGAAGGAUGACCUUGACACUACAGACGUGACCUUGGAGUAUGAAGAAGGAGAAAUAUAUCAAAACUUUCAAGAAUUCUACAACGACAUUGUGCCAGAAUUUAGAAACUAUGGAACCGUGAUCCAAGUCAAAGUCUGCAAUAACUACGAGCCCCAUUUACGGGGCAAUGUUUAUGUGCAGUAUAAAAGUGAAAACAGUGCUCAGGAAGCUUUCUUUAAUCUGAAUGGAAGAUUUUAUGGUGGCAAGCAGGUUUCAUGUCAGUAUGUUGACAUUAAGAAGUGGAAAUCUGCUGUCUGUGGGCUGUUUGGAAGUGGCAGAUGCCCAAAAGGAAGAAAUUGCAACUUUUUGCAUGUGUUUAAAAAUCCACAUAAUGAGUUCUGGGAUGCAGAUAUGGAUGCUUUUCAUAAGUCAAAUGAAAGUACAAGGUCAAGAAGGCACAGGUCAAGAUCUAGGUCUCGAUCAGAUUGGCGGAGGUCAAGGUCAAGACGGGCAAAUAGGUCUAGAUCAAGAUCCAAUGAUAGAAGUAGAUAUCAUUCAAAUGACCAUCGAUCCUCAAGGUAUUCAAAGUCUAGAAGCAGAUCUAGAGAGAGGUCCUAUGUUAGGUCAAGGAGAGACAAACGAAGGUCAAGGUCAAGAAGCAAAUCCCAAAGUAGGUUAAAGGAAGAAAGACAGAGAAGGUCACGAAGUGAUUCAGAAGAACGAACAGGAAGCAGGACUAAAAAGACCAGACAACAUAGAAAAGAUUCAAAGUCCAGAAGCAGAUCAAAGAGCAGGUCAAGGAAACAGAAAAAAAGGAAAAAGAGAUCAAAGUCAGGAUCUAGAAUUAACACUGAUAAUCAGGAAUCUGCAGCCAAGGAAGAUAGUGAGGAAAUUUCUGAAGACAAUUCAAAAAUUAAUUCUGUGACAAAUUCUAAUGGAAUGGAUUACAAGGAUGAAAGCAACAUUUCCAAGGACAGUGAUUUUAAAGACACCACACAUAUUGACAGGAGUCCUUCACCAACAUCCAACUCUUUGGAGCAUUCUGUGAAAAAGAAACAUAAAAAACACAAAAAACACAAGCAUAAAAAAUCAUCAUUCUCUGUUUCUGAAGAAAGCAAUUAAAAUUUUGAUCAUUUUAA